AUGACAUCAGUGUUCAACACCGAUAUUUUGCCGCCGUACAAUCAUGAUUUAUUUGAGACUUAUUGUGAAAAGAAUACAAUCAGUACGAGGGUUGGUACCUCUCUGCUCCCACCUUUAUGGACUGGGCACAGAAAACAGCUAUCUCUUCGGCAAACGAUGGUUAGGCAUACACAACACAGAUCCCAACCAACGGAGCUUCUGGUGCUGGACACAUUCUUCAAUGGAAAUACCCGCACCCUUCCGGUGCCUAGCUGCCAUGUUAACCGAAGAAAGCACGAGGGCUGGGAUACUGCCAGGUUGCCCAAGCCUAGACAGGGGAAGUCGAGUGGCGGAGGUCGGAUUCGAACCACGGACCUUCCGGUCAACCUUCACACGGCCGCGGGAGUUGGCGUACAGCGCCUUAAGGAAGGUCAAGAAUUUACGGGGAACACCUUUGCUCCACAGUCACUGCCGCAGUGCAUGACGGUCCGUAUAGUCAAAAACCUUCACACGGCCGCGGGAGUUGGCGUACAGCGCCUUAAGGAAGGUCAAGAAUUUACGGGGAACACCUUUGCUCCACAGUCACUGCCGCAGUGCAUGACGGUCCGUAUAGUCAAAAGUAGCUUUCAGAUCAAGAAACUCACCCAUUGUUGGCUGAUGUGCUACAGUUUCGAUCACAGGAAAGCGGGACAGUGUGGAACAGACAGCCACGACUCAGAGGUGAGAGCACAUGAUAAGUUCGGCAUUGGCUACCCACAUGCUGAAGGCGAUAGCUUUGAUGCGCGAGGGCCACUGACUGAGAGAUUGGACCACUUUUGCUAG